AUGCUCACCUCUGACUGCAGAACACCACAACGCGCCUCGAUGGCGGCAAGCAGAGCGCCCGGCGUCACAGCCUCGUCGCCGUCUCCAAUUGCCGUGGCCACAAGAACAAGCUUGCUUUACUGUGCCUCCAACGCGUCCAUUGAUGGCGUCCGGGCCAGCAAGACAUGGCUCCUCUCCGGUCGGAUACAGGGCUCACCCCGACGCCAAACCUCCUGUGGAUACGCCAUCUCCAACAAACUGCACCCGGAUCCAUCACUGCCGGCGACCGCCCCCGACGCGCCAUCGCCGUCUUCGCUCUCCACGGCGAGGAAAAUGCUGGAGGUCACGCUCGCGCCGCCCAUCGCCGCUGCAACAGAGAAGCUAGGGUUCGUGGGUGG